AUAUAUGGCAUAUUACGGAGUUGGAUUACCAACUACUAUUUAAGAAUUAGUUUUUAGAUUUAGAAAUCAUGUUUGUAAAGCAAAUCCUUAUUGUACUUUAUCAAGAUUAAAGUAUUAAGAAAUUCAAUAUAUAUUAGAGCAAUAUUUUAAUAAUAUGAUAAAAAUGGUAACGGAAAACUAAAUCUAGAAGAAUUAGAUAAUUUAUUAAAGAGUGUAGGAAUGUACUUAAAAAUUGUUGAAUUACAAGCAUUACUGAAGUAUUUUGAUAAAGAUAGUGAUGGAUUUUUAAGUUUUCGAGAAUUUUUAACUUUUAUUAGAGAAGAAAUGAAUGAAAGAAGAAAAGCUAUGGUACUGAAAGUUUAUGAAAGUUAAUAAAAUAAUAAAAUAACAUCAGAUUAUUUAAGUAUAAUAAAGAUAAUAAAUUUAGGAUAAAUAUAUAAGAUUGAUAAUUUAACAGAUGGAAUGAAAACAUUUAUUGAUAAUAUACGUGUUGGAGAUGAAUUAACAUAUGAAUAAUUUUUAGAUUUUCAUGAAGAACUUUCAUUAAAUAUAGCAUCAGAUGAAACAUUUACAUCUAUUUUAUCUAAAGCAUGGAAUAUUGAUGAAAAAUAAGAAGACACUGCAUUUUAAGAAUAUUUAUAGAAUAGUUUAAAAUAAAUUAAAGAAAGAGUUAUUACAAGAGCUGGAGGUCUAAAUUUUGUUAUUAAUGUUUUUAAAGAAUUUGAUACUAAUAAAUCUAAAGAUUUAUCUAUUAGUGAAUUUAUUUUUUUACUAAAAAAAGUAUAUACAAAAUUUUAAUUUUUAGCUUGAAUUAGAUUGGAAUAAAGCAGUAAUUAAUAGAGUUUAUAGAAUUAUGGAUAAAAAUGAUAGUGGAUCAAUAGAAGAGCAAGAAUUCUUAACAUUUUUUUAAAAUUGA